AUGACAAUCAGCACCGGGGUCGGCCCGGGCGGGGUCGCCGAGCCGCGAUCCAGCGGCAUCGACGUGAUAAUCGUGGGGCUGGGGAUCCUAGGCCUGGUGGCGGCCAUCGAAUGCCAUUACAAAGGCCAUAGGGUGAUCGGGCUGGAGAAGAGCCCCGAGGUCCGGGUUCUGGGGGACAGCAUCGCGCUGGGCAGCAAUGCGACCAAGGUGAUGCAGGCGUGGGAGCAGGGCGCGGUGUACCGACGGCUCGUCGCGGAGGCGGACGCCGUGGCCGCCCUGGAGGUGCUCGAUCCCGCCGGGAAGCUGUAUGCCCUGGACGCGAUGGACGGCUACGGCGUCGGCGAGGGCAUGAUCAUCCAGCGCGCCACGCUCGUCACGGGCCUGUACCGCCAUGCCGUCGCCCUGGGGAUCGACCUGCGGUUCGGGGCGGCGGUCACCGAAUACUGGGAGGCCCAGGACGGCGACCGGGCGGGCGUGACCGUCAACGGAGGCCUGACCCUCGCCGCCGACUGUGUCAUCGGCGCCGAUGGCGUGCACAGUCGCACCCGCGACUUUGUGCUGGGGUAUCGGCCCCCGGCGCAGGACUCCGGGCUGGCGGCGUAUCGGGCCUGCUUCAGUGCGGAGCUCGUGGCGGGGGAUCCGGACGCGGCGUGGAUCUUGAAGGAGGUGGGCGAGCGCGAUCGCGUGCGGAGGUAUAUCACCGACGGCGGCCUGGGGCUGACCCUGGCCACGGGGAAACGCGGGAAGAAUGUCGUCUGGCAGGUGUGGCAUCGGAACGAACAAGCGCAAGCGGCCGAGAGUUGGGAGAGAACCAGCAGCGCCGGUGUGGAGGAUGCGCUGGCCCUCAUGCAGGACUGGCCGGUCUACCCCAAGAUCGCCGCCGUCCUGCGACAUACCCCGCGCGACACGCUGGCGGACUAUAAGAUCAUUGCGCGGGAUCCGCUGCCGCGGUGGAUCUCGACCGGUGGCCGCAUCAUGAUCCUCGGCGACGCCGCCCACGCCAUGUCCCCCAUCGUGGGCCAGGGGGGCGGGCAGUCGAUCGAGGAUGCGGCGACGCUGGCCAUCUGUCUGGAGCUGGCGGGCAAGGCGCGGGUGCCCCUGGGGCUGCAGGCCGUCCACGCCCUGCGAUUCCAGCGGACGAAGAUGCUCCAGGAGAGUGGAAAUGCCAUCUACGGGCAGAUGCGCGAUCCCGACUGGGAGGCCAUCGAGAAGGACCCGGCCAUUAUCAAGUUCCCCCGCCCAGAGUGGAUCUUCGGGUAUGACGUCCACUGCGAUGUCUACGAGGAGUUUCCGGCCGUCGUGCGAGCGAUUCAGGAUGGGAGCCCCUACCGGCCCCGCAAUGUCCCCGAAGACGGUCAAUAUCAGAUUGCGCAUGACUACAAGGCGAAGGCUGGGGAGUAG